UGUGGGGGGAAGGUGUGGGUGUGAUCGCGUGUCCACCUGUGUGUCCGGCCGUGUGUCUGUCCCUCGUAGCCCUGGGACAACAGUUGCUCCGCCGCCCUUCCAUGUGCUGUGGGAUGCUCCUUCCUGCCUGGGUCAAGGCCGGGCCCAGGGCCUCACGUCAGCGGCCUCGGGGUGUCGCAAGAAUGUCGGAUCUUCGUCAACCGGAGCCUGGCGCUGGAGAAGAUCAAGUGCUUUGGCUUUGACAUGGACUACACCUUGGCCAUGUACAAGUCCCCUGACUACGAGGAGCUGGCCUUUGCCUUAUUGCUGGAGCACCUUGUCGCCAUUGGGUACCCUCCUGAGAUCCUUGCCUACAAAUAUGACCCCACCUUCCCCACCCGGGGGCUGGUGUUUGAUGCCCUGUAUGGGAACCUGCUGAAGGUGGAUUCCCACGGGAACCUGCUGGUCUGUGCCCAUGGCUUCCGUUUCCUCAAGGGAGCCGAAAUCCUCCACUAUUACCCCAACAAGUUCAUCCAGCGGGAUGACAUGAAGCGCUUCCACAUCCUCAACACCCUCUUCAACCUCACAGAGGCCCACCUCUAUGCCUGUCUUGUGGACUUUUUCACCAACUGCUCCAGAUAUGUCAACUGUGACACCGGCUACAAGCAUGGGAAUCUCUUCAUGUCCUUCCGCAGCAUGUUCCAGGAUGUGCGUGAGGCCAUGGACCAUGUCCACCUCUCUGGCUGCCUCAAGGAGAAGACUCUAGAGAACCUGGAGAAAUAUGUGGUGAAGGAUCCCCGUGUGCCACUGCUGCUGAGCCGCAUGAAGGAGGUGGGGAAGGUCUUCCUGGCCACCAACAGUGAUUAUACCUACACUGAUGCUAUCAUGUCCUACCUGUUUGACUUCAGCAAUGAGGACAAGCAUCCACAGGCUGACAUCCCACAGCGCCCCUGGAGGUCCUAUUUCGACCUGAUUGUGGUGGACACCCGCAAGCCCCUCUUCUUUGCUGAGGGCACCGUCCUGCGCCAAGUCGACACGGACACAGGGAAGCUGCGCAUUGGGACAUACACUGGCCCCCUCCAGCACUGUGCUGUCUACUCCGGUGGCUCUUCAGAUGUGGUGUGUGACCUCCUGGGUGUGAAGGGCAAAGACAUCCUCUACAUGGGGGACCACAUCUUUGGGGACAUCCUCAAAUCCAAGAAGCGGCAGGGCUGGCGCACCUUUCUGGUAGUUCCUGAGCUGGCCCGUGAGCUGCAGGUCUGGACAGAGAAGAGUGAGCUGUUUGAGGAGCUGCGGAGCCUGGAUGUCUUCCUGGCUGAGCUGUACCAGCACUUGGAUAGUGGCAGUAGUGAGCGCCCAGACAUCAGCUCCAUCAAGCGUCGGAUCCAGAAAGUGACACAUGAGAUGGACAUGUGCUAUGGGAAGAUGGGCAGCCUUUUCCGCUGUGGCUCACGUCAGACACUCUUUGCCAACCAGCUGAUGCGCUAUGCAGACCUCUAUGCUGCCUCCUUUAUCAACUUUCUCUAUUACCCCUUCAGCUACCUUUUCCGGGCACCUCCUGUCCUGAUGGCCCAUGAGUCAACGGUGGAGCACUCUCGCCUGGACUCAGGGGAUGCGGUCACUGCCCUUCCUCCCUGGCUGGCCCAGCAUGGUGACCCUGGCCAGCAGGUCCCCCAGGACUCGAGUGGGGAGGAGGAAGAUGAUGGAGAAGCCUGAGCACACCCCAACUGCUGCCAUGCCAGGUGCCAGACCCACAAGAGGGCUGCAUUCAGUGGCCUUGGACCACUUGCACUGCCAGAUCAAAGCUACUCGUGGCCACCUACUACAUCUGGUGGCCACAGGAUGGCUGGUGGCCCUGACUCAUGGCCCCUGUCACACCUGUCCCUGGGCAGUUGGGACCUUCUCCUGACUGUGCCCAGCAUCAGGAGAGGCACACCCCCCUCCCCUCCCAAGCCUGCUAGCUCCUGCCCCUUUAAUUCAUAUCUGCUUGGUGCCCUUUAUACCUCUCCCACCAGCUCAGUGCCAGCCUGGGGCCAUCCAACACUAGGGUGAACAGGCAGUACCACUGCUGCAGUAUCACUGGAAGCCCCACUGCAGCAGCUGGAGUCCCAGCAGCUCCUGCUCCUUUAGCCUCUGGGCCUGGCCAUGAGCGCUGCAAUGCUGGGUGGAGGGGGUGGGGCUCUGGAGGCGACAGCUGCUCCAGUGGAACUCCCUUCACCUGCUGUUCCCCUCUUCUUUUUUCUACCCUUUUCUAUUUAUAAAAGACACUCAAAACUGGUACUG